AAGAAGUCCCUUUGUGAGCCGUGCAGUAAGACUAUCACCAAUUAUCAUGGCUGUGAAGAAAUCUAAGAAGUCACCCACUGAGGUGAAGAGUGCCACUGCUUCAUCUCGAGAUGCGAAGAAGACAAGUCCCAAGACAAGCCCCGCAGCAUCUAUUCCCUCUCCUCUUAUCGCCUCAAUUGCUACCUUUCUGUCUGAAUAUGGCUUCGCCGCUACCAGCAAGGUGUUCAUCGAAGAGCAGGCCAGCAAACCAGACACGAAGAAUGCUCCGUCUUUGCUUGACAUUUUCCGGGCAUGGGAGAGUCAGAAGGCGUCCUCGAAGACAAAACGGGCUGCGAGCUCCAGCAGCUCGGAUAGUAGCAGCAGCUCGGAUAGUAGCAGCAGCUCGGAUAGCAGCAGCAGCAGCAGCUCUGACGAAUCCAGCGAGUCCGAUGCGGAAAUGGCUGAUGCCCCCAAGUCACCGUCCAAGAACAAGAGGACCUCAAGGCAGUCGUCCCCGUCGUCAUCUUCCUCAAGUUCAAGCUCCGAUAGCGAUGCAGACGAUGAGGCCGAAGACGAGCCGAAGGAGCCUGCACCGGCCAGUAAGACAGCUGGUGUGAAGAGAAAGGCUGAAUCUAGCUCUUCUUCCUCCGAAUCAUCGUCCGAUUCUGAAGAUGAGGCUCCUAAGGCAAAGAAGGCAAGGAUUUCCUCGAAGUCCAAGCAGUCGUCUUCUUCCGAUUCUUCCGAAUCCGACUCUGAUUCUGACUCGGAGUCGGACUCGGGUUCUUCUUCCGACAGCGACGAUGGCUCCUCAUCCUCCGACUCUUCAUCUGCAUCUGGAUCAGACUCUGGCUCUGGCUCUAGCGAUGACGACUCAUCUUCCGACUCUUCGUCUUCCGAUGAAUCCAGCUCUUCCGAUGAGUCCAGCUCUUCCGAAGACGAGAAGAAAUCCGGCCCCUCAAUCUCCCGCAAGUCCUCGAGCGAGACAACUGCCACCCUUCAGUCCUCUGACUCUGAUGCGCAGCAGGAGACUAACAGCAAGUCUGUUUCUCAAAAGAAAGAAGCAACACCGUCAUCAAGCGCCAGCCCAGCUCCUGGAAAGAGCAAUGGCUCGAACAAGAAGCACACUGGUGCACGCCCUACGCCUCUAGCGCUUCUGAGCGAGCAGCCACACGAUCACUUUUCAAACGCCUACAUACCUUAUGCCUAUGCAGAACGCGCGUACAAGGACUUAUCUGUUACUCGUGGUAAGGGCUUCACCAAGGAGAAGAACAAAAAGAAGCGUGGCUCAUACCGUGGUGGUCCCAUUGAUAUCUCUGGUGGAAAGUCCUUUAAAUUCGAAGAUUAGAAGCGACCAGUCGUUAAUUGCCUCUCCUUGCCGAUUAGAAAGAAUUGUAUUUUGCUUUGAAGCGUGCAAUUCUGCUUUUUUUGCACGCAGUUGUCUAUUCGAAUUACCUUACAAGGUCUAAAAAUAUUCUAGACUUGUUGCUAGAUCUCGUCUGUUAUUCUUCUUCUUUACAAGCAAGGCGCUGAUGGAGAAAGUAUGGGGAUUUAAUAUAUUCUUUUAUUGCUGCUUUUGCCUGUGUUUUGCUGCUGUGUCUUUCUUAUGCUAUUGGUCAAAGUAGAUUAUACAUUCUUUUUAAAAGUUCUUAAAACUUUUCCACUUUUUCACAAUUAAAGUAAUGAACGGAGUUAUAUCCAGUC